CCUGCCAGCAGCGGCGGCGGCCAUGGAGGAAGCCAAGCGGCUGCACGCGCGCCUGCUCCGCCGCGGGGAGCGCCGCCUGCAGCCGCUGCUCCUGCGCGUGCUCGCGGCGGGGGACCUGCGCUACGCCGCGCGCCUGCUCGACUCCUACUCUUCCUCGUCCCCGCCCUCCGCGCCGCUCCACAACCGACUGCUCCACGCGCUGGCCGCCGCGCGCCACCCGCUCCUACUCCCCUGCUUCGCGCGCGCGCACCGCCUCCGACUCCUCACCCCGCUCUCCUUCACCCUCCUCUUCUCCUCCCCCUCCUCCUCCACCACCACCACGCGGCUCGCCCACGCCUUGCUGAGCAAGUCCGGGCAUGCCGCGUCGUCGGGCGACCCGUACCUCGCGUCGGCGCUCGUCGCCUCCUACGCCAGGUCCGGCCACCUAGCGGAGUCCCGGCGGGUGUUCGACGAGCUGCCGCCACACAGUGACGCGGCGGCACGCAACGCGCUGCUGUCGGCGUACGCGCGGUGCGGGCGGGUGGACGACGCGGAGUCGCUGUUCGCGGGAAUGCCCGACCGGAACGUCAUCUCCUGGACGGCGAUGGUGUCGGGGUACGCGCAGAACGGGAGGCACGAGGAGGCCGUGCGCACGUUCCUGGAGAUGUGGGAGGGGUGCGGCGUACGGCCGAACGAGGUCACCGUCAGCAGCGUGCUGCCCGCGUGCGCUGCCGUCGGGGCCUUGGCGCUGGGGAGGAAGGUGGAGCGGUACGCCAGGGGGAGAGGGAUGCUCACCAACGUGUAUGUCGCCAACGCCUUGGUCGAGAUGUAUGCCAAGUGUGGCAGCAUCCGUCGGGCUUGGAUGGUGUUUCGGGGUAUCGGGAAGCAGAGGGAUCUUUGUUCUUGGAACUCGAUGAUCAUGGCGUUUGCCGUGCAUGGACUCUGGAGGGAGGUGCUGGGCUUGUUUCAUAAAUUGAGGAUGACAGGGGCUAAACCAGAUGGCAUUACAUUUGUUGGAGUCAUUCUGGCCUGUACUCAUGGAGGCUUGGUGGAUGAAGGCAAGCUGCUCUUCAACUCAAUGAGAGAGGAGUUCGGUCUUAAGCCAAGAAUCGAGCACUAUGGUUGCAUGGUUGACCUGCUGGGGCGUGCUGGUCUGUUAAAAGAAGCUGACAGUCUGAUCGCGAGCAUGCCAAUGGAGCCUGACGCCGUGAUCUGGGGAGCCUUGCUUGGAGCUUGCAGCUUCCAUGGCAACUUAGAGCUAGCGGAAGUAGCAGUGGAAAAACUAAUGCGUCUGGAGCCGCAGAAUACAGCAAACCUAGUGAUCCUUUCAAAUAUAUACGCGUCACAUGGUAAAUGGGACGGUGUUGCCCAGGUAUGGAAGUUGCUAAAGGAAAAAGAUCAUAAGAAAUCUGCUGGGUACAGCUUUAUUGAGUUAGAUGGUAGGAUGCACAAGUUCCUGGUUGAGGAUAAGUCGCAUCCAAUAUAUGAGAUGGUAUAUGACACCCUGGAUAGCAUCACACUGAUCAUGAAGCUUGUCAACUUGGAAAAUUCAGAAGUGGAAAGCUAAUUUUUGGCAUUACCAUCUUCUAUCUCUUUUAUGCGAGAAGAAACUGAGAAAAUCACUUGAGAUUGAUCACGGACUUCUUGCUCUGAUCCUCCACAUCAAAUUGAACUGCGAAGGGAUACACCAAGGAGGCAACAGAAGAUGUGACUGAAUGCACCACCUGAAAUCAGCGGACUUUCCUCUACUACCAAAUGGCUGUUUCUCUUGUUCGUACAAUUCAGAGGUGCAAGAGCAUCAGACAGAAAGAAACAUAUAAUUGCAUGACAUACCCCAAACAGCUCAUCAUGGAAGACAGUAGAGGAACUUUCAGACUAUGGGGUUGGUUGUGCAUGAGAUUGCUUGGAAGUAUGAUGCAGGAAUGAUCAACGUUAUAUUUUGUGCCCAUCAAAUUCUCAUGGUUGCCUUCUGGUACCACUUUGCAGCCGUGGUUUGGAGAACACCCUCAUAUUGGAUGCAGCCUGGAAGCAAGGCAAACAUGAAACUGACAAAUAGCAGACAUAAGAACCCUCAUUUGUCCUCUGCUUUCUCUAAAAGAAUAUGCCCUCCCCCUUUGCAGUAUAUAUGUUUUGUCAUGCUUCAUUGGAUUUAUCAUGUUCCUUAGUUCUUUUUAUAGCACAGGCUCAUAUGUUGAACAAGUUUACAACUUUUAGCUAAAAUUUUAGUUGUGUACUAUGGAUCUGUCUGGAUUCUAUCAAACUUGAAAAUGGCGGCUGCUGAUUAAGGUGUGAACAUACCGGCACAAACGAGCAGAAAGAUUUGCUCAGAUAGGACACUUCCAGAAGGACACCGGUCAAUGUUCAGAUCGCCAUGUGUUUGUGGAAAAAAGAACAACUUCGCCGGGUCAGUUUCACAAUUAGGAGCAUAAUCAUAACGUUAGAUGCUUGACAUGACUUGUAAAUGCUGACGAAAUGAACAUGACGCAGCAUCUUCCUUUUACUUUUGUCCGUUGUUUCUCUUGUUGAAAUAAUCAGCACUAUGAUUUCGUUUCUGAUCCUUUUGCAUUUGAAAAGUUGGCUGAUCCAGGAAGUUAGUGCUCUGGAUGCUUGAUGACGCAUUGAAAUCAGGAGAUACAUGCUUGUUCCCCUGUGGAAAUAAUAGUGUCAGAAGCCAAAUGGGAUUAGGCUCGUCCUCUGAGCCAUGUAUCAGACAUUCAGAUACUUAAAAAAAAUCAGACAUUCAGAUGUA